AUGCCGUUAUCUCAGGUUCCCUGGUGGAAGAACUCGGUCAUCUAUCAGAUCUAUCCAGCGAGUUACAAAGACUCCAAUGGUGAUGGGAUUGGUGAUAUCCAGGGAAUUAUCUCCCAGCUCGACUAUAUCAAGUCUCUAGGGGUAGAUGCCAUUUGGGUCUGUCCCUUCUACGACAGCCCCCAAUACGACAUGGGAUAUGACGUCGCGGACUACGAGUCCGUCUAUCCCCCUUACGGGACCGUGGCCGAUGUGGAAGCUCUCAUCGCCGGCUGUCAUGCGCGGGGCCUGCGCAUUCUCUUUGAUCUGGUAGUCAAUCACACAUCUUCUCUUCACGCUUGGUUCAAAGAGUCUCGCGCCUCUAAGACCAGUCCGAAGCGCGACUGGUACAUCUGGAGACCGGCCAAGUACGAUGAGCACGGAAACCGCCACCCACCCAACAACUGGCGCAGCUGCUUCGGCGGCAGCGCGUGGGAGUGGGACGAGCCGACGCAGGAGUACUAUCUCCAUGUCUUUUGCAUGGAGCAGCCGGACCUGAACUGGGAAAACCCAGCCACCCUAAACAUAGAAUCGCCCGGUAGGGGGGGGGGUACCCAUAGUUAA